CCAUAUAAACCCUCCACUACUUUCAGCCGCACUAAGUCUUUUCAGUGGCCUGCUCACAAGAUAUUUUUAAUUUCUUACUCGUUUUCUUGGACUCGCCCUGUGUCCACAAUUUGUUUCUGCAUACUGUGCCUGACAGAGCAGAGGUAAGGAAAGAGGACGGAAACAUGAAAGUCUGCAUGGCUUUAUUCGUUUGUGUGGCAGUCCUGACUGCAUGGUUCUUUACUGCAGAUGCCAAGGAGUUAUUCAUCACAACCAUAAAGGAUGAACCAUAUGCCAUGAGCAAGGGCUCUGAGCUAGAAGGCUACUGCAUUGAUCUGAUCUCAGAGCUCUCCAAGAAGCUAGGCUUCAAGUACAACUUGCAUCUGGUCAAAGACAACCGCUAUGGCGCCAUGGACUCCAGCGGCAACUGGAAUGGCAUGAUUGGUGAAGUCAUCAGAGGG